GGGCGAAGGAAAAAGGAAUAUGGCUGCGGCAACCUCACUGUCGACGCCCAGGCUCACAUUCUCUUCUCCAAAGCUUCAAACCCUCUACAGAAAUUUCCCAAUAUCUCUUUCUCUCAACUUCUCCUCCUCUCUUUCUCACUCCAAAACCCUAACCCUAACCCCAGGCUCUCUCUCUCAGCGCCCUUCCUCUUUCUCUCCUCGUCGUUGUUUUGCAGUUCGAGCAGAGUCCGAAAAUGGGGCCGAGCCUCGCCACUACGACUUCGACCUCUUCACCAUCGGCGCUGGCAGCGGCGGCGUUAGGGCUUCGCGUUUCGCCGCCAACUUCGGCUCUUCGGUUGCCGUUUGUGAGCUUCCUUUUGCUACCAUAUCUUCCGAGACCACCGGUGGCGUUGGCGGCACGUGUGUACUUCGUGGAUGUGUGCCAAAGAAAUUGCUUGUGUAUGCUUCCAAAUUCUCUCAUGAAUUUGAUGAGAGUGGUGGUUUUGGAUGGAAAUUUGAAGCUGAACCCAAGCAUGAUUGGAGCACCUUGAUGGCUAACAAAAACGCUGAAUUGCAGCGCCUUACUGGUAUAUACAAGAACAUUCUGAAAAAUGCUGGAGUCACAUUAAUUGAAGGCCGUGGAAAGAUUGUGGACCCACACACAGUUGACGUGGAUGGAAAACUAUAUACAGCAAGGCACAUACUAAUUGCAGUUGGGGGCCGCCCCUUCAUUCCUGAAAUUCCUGGAAGUGAACAUGCCAUAGAUUCUGAUGCUGCACUUGAUUUGCCCUCAAAACCUAAGAAAAUUGGAAUAGUUGGGGGUGGGUACAUUGCUUUGGAGUUUGCUGGUAUCUUCAAUGGUUUGAAUACUGACGUCCAUGUAUUUAUACGGCAGAAAAAGGUUUUAAGAGGUUUUGAUGAAGAUGUCAGAGAUUUUGUUGCAGAACAGAUGUCUCUAAGAGGAAUUGAGUUCCAUACAGAAGAGUCGCCUCAGGCUAUUCUCAAAUCAGCUGAUGGUUCUCUGUCUUUAAAGACUAACAAAGGAACGGUUGAAGGUUUCUCCCAUAUCAUGUUUGCAACAGGACGCAGGCCUAAUACAAAGAACUUAGGAUUGGAGACAGUAGGAGUAAAAAUGACCAAGACUGGAGCAAUAGAGGUUGAUGAAUUCUCCCGUACAUCAGUUCCUUCCAUUUGGGCAGUUGGAGAUGUAACAGAUAGAAUAAAUUUGACUCCAGUUGCUUUGAUGGAGGGAGGGGCAUUAGCUAAAACUCUAUUUGGGAAUGAACCAACAAAACCAGAUUAUAGAGCUGUACCAUCCGCUGUGUUUUCCCAGCCACCUAUUGGACAAGUUGGUCUUACUGAAGAACAGGCUAUACAAAAAUAUGGAGACAUUGAUGUCUACACAGCAAACUUCAGGCCCUUAAAGGCUACUCUUUCUGGACUUCCAGACCGGGUUUUCAUGAAACUUAUAGUCUGCGCAAAGAAUAACAAAGUACUGGGGUUGCAUAUGUGUGGAGAAGAUUCACCAGAAAUUGUGCAGGGCUUUGCAGUUGCUGUGAGAGCUGGCUUGACAAAGGCAGACUUUGAUGCCACUGUGGGAAUCCACCCUACUGCAGCAGAGGAGCUUGUCACAAUGAGGACUCCUACCCGGAAGAUUCGAAACAGCUCUCCGCCCGAGGGAAAGACGGAUCCUGAGGUUAAAGCUGCAGCAGGGGUUUAGCAUGAGUUUCAAUCUAUCUGAUGGGCACGGUAGCACUCCCACUUUUGGAGAAACCUAACAAUAAACUGGUCGAUGACAGGAAACUGAGGUAUGAACAUGCAGCGGAAAUGGAGCCUUACUAGAGGAGUGCAAAUCCUGCUGGGUGCCAAGGGUUCUCCUACAAACUUGUUACUGUAAAUUUUCUUUUCCUUUAUAGGAAUUUGAGUAACUUAAAAUUUUCCUUUCAUCAUUUUCAUUGACAUUUGGUUCAGGAAACAAAUAAAUCGUCUGAUAUGUGGUGUUGAUUUCCA